UAGGGUUUGAAGUUCACAGGCUGGAUUGGAUGGACGUUGAAUCGAUUCCACCUCUUUGCUCAUCUAAAUAAUACUAAUCUCUUCACAUAAAAAUCAUUCCUUUUUAACAAUUUCUGUGCAUUUCGAACUUUGCUUUGCUGUGAUAAAGUUCUCUCCUUUCCUUUCUAAACGAAGAAGAAAGGCUUUUAUCUCAAAACCCUCAUCCACAAAUUCCUCUCUUGAGGGUUUUUCUGUUUCUGUUUUGCUUCGUUACUACGGUUACAUUGUUCUCUUCGCCUUUCCAUAUCAAAGUAAAUCGCGGAAUUGGGUUCGUGUUCUUGCUCCGAUAUCGGUGAAACCCUUCAAUUUCAUAACCCUAUUGAUACCUUAAGAAGAGGAAAUUUGAAGAUUUGUUCACAGAUCCGUCUUAGCUCUUGUAGAGAAUGGCGGAUUUGAUACCAUUUUAUCUGAAUAUUGUGGCGUUUCUAUGUACUGUUGGAGCUAUUGCUUUGGCUAUAUUUCAUAUCUACAGGCAUCUUUUGAAUUACACGGAACCAACUUAUCAGAGAUAUAUUGUACGCAUUAUCUUCAUGGUUCCGGUUUAUGCCUUCAUGUCAUUCUUGUCUCUUGUGUUACCGAAAAGCUCGAUAUAUUUUGAUUCCAUACGAGAAGUAUAUGAAGCAUGGGUUAUUUACAAUUUCCUAUCUCUGUGUUUGGCAUGGGUUGGAGGCCCAGGAUCAGUAGUGCUUAGUUUGAGUGGUCGCUCUCUAAAGCCAUCAUGGUCUCUCAUGACAUGUUGCUUUCCGCCUUUAACAUUGGACGGGCGUUUUAUUAGACGAUGCAAGCAAGGUUGUCUGCAGUUUGUUAUCCUGAAGCCUAUUCUAGUUGCUGUCACACUUGUGCUAUAUGCAAAAGGGAAGUACAAGGAUGGGAAUUUUAACCCUGAUCAAGCAUAUCUCUAUCUUACCAUCAUCUAUACCAUAUCCUACACAGUGGCUUUGUACGCACUUGUGCUGUUUUAUAUGGCAUGCAGAGAUCUACUUCAGCCAUUCAAUCCAGUCCCAAAGUUUGUGAUUAUAAAGUCUGUGGUCUUUCUCACCUAUUGGCAGGGUGUUCUCGUUUUCCUUGCUGCAAAAUCUGGAUUCAUAAAGAGUGCAGAGGCAGCAGCUCAUUUCCAAAAUUUUAUAAUAUGUGUUGAGAUGCUUAUUGCUGCAGCAUGCCAUUUCUAUGCUUUUCCAUACAAGGAGUAUGCUGGUGCCAAUGUUGGUGGAUCUGGCAGUUUCUCAGGGAGCCUAUCACAUGCUGUAAAACUAAAUGACUUUUACCAUGACACUGUUCACCAGUUUGCUCCUACCUAUCACGAUUAUGUGCUCUAUAACCAUCAAGAUGGUGGUGACGAGGGAACAAAGAAGUACCGGUCGAGAACUUUUGUGCCAACAGGCCAAGAAAUGGAUGCAAUGAGAAAGAACAAACCCGUGUAUGCAAACAAGAUAGAUGGUGUUUCGGUCUCAAGUAGUCUAUCUUCAGAGGCAAGCUCACCAAAAAGCUCUAGCGUAACUUCUGAUCCUGCACGCUCUGAUGCUGUGAAAUCUUCCUUGCUCGUGGAUGCCUCGGAUUCUCUUGAUACAAUGUAUGAUAUGUCGCUCAUUGACAUCGAUCUAUCUAGUUUCCCCAGCAAUGUACCCUCUGCAAGUGAAAGUGGGCCUAGAUAGGAGCAGAGAAGAUGUAGAAAUCACCAUUAACAGGUACAAAACAUGCUCCUAAUAGUUGGAUUCAGAUGAAUCAUCUGAGGUGUGUUCUUAGUUGGAGAAGAUGUUGUUAGUUGGAGACUCGAGGAUAAAUGAAAAAGCUUAUAAAACCAUUUACCUUUUGUAUCUUUAUACAAUGAGUCUUCUACUGGCAUUUUCUUUUGUCCUUGCCUGCUUUGUAGAUAAUAGAAUAUGGAACUUCCCAGUUGGUUACUUCUCAAGCUUGUGAAUCGCUCGUAGCAAAUUAGAAACUUUUUUUUUUAUACAUGUAACCAAAUGAGUUUUCAGAGUCUGAUAAUGUGUUUACAUA